AUGGCGCUAAAAUUCUUUCCAGUUCAAUUUCCAGUUUUUUCACCACCAUUAAACCCUAAUCUACUAUCUCAAACCCAACACCAUCGUCCGCCAAGCGAUAUACACUUCUCGCGGUGGAACAACGCCAACGCUAGGGAAUUCAACGACCGCCGCCGCGCUCAGAAAGAAAUAGAAGAAGAUAUCCGCCGUAACCGACGAUUCAACUCCGCUGCUAAUAUUAUCGAUAAUUACGACUCUGCCACAUCCAACGAAAAUUUUAAAAGCAAAUCCAUAGGCACACCAUCCUCUCCUUCAGCUCCUUCAAUCCCGGGUAGAAAAUCCAAAUACUCCAAACCCGAAUCCCCAACCUCACACCACCCGGCAUUUCGCUCAAUCUCUAAAAUCACCAAAAAGCCCCUGCCAGAAAAACCAAUCGAUCGAAACGCGGAUGUCAAACUCAGCGAAGACGGUCUCUCUUUUGUCGUUGACGGCGCGCCAUUUGAGUUUAAAUACAGCUACACCGAGACGCCUAAAGCCAAGCCGAUUAAAUUACGGGAAGCGCCGUUUUCGCCCUUCGGGCCCACCACGAUGGGCAGGCCGUGGACCGGGAGAGCCCCGCUGCCGCCGAGUAAAAAGAAGUUGAGAGAAUUUGACUCUUUUAAGUUGCCACCACCGGAUAAGAAAGGCGUGAAACCGGUUCAGAAACCAGGCCCGUUUCUUCCUGGUGCGGGUCCUAGGUAUGUGUAUUCAAGAGAAGAGAUAUUAGGAGAACCGUUAACAACAGAGGAGGUUAAGAUUUUGAUUGAAGGGUGCUUGAAGACAAGGCGCCAGUUAAAUAUGGGUAGAGAUGGAUUGACACAUAAUAUGUUGGAUAAUAUACAUGCGCAUUGGAAGCGGAGAAGAGUGUGUAAAAUCAAAUGUAUGGGAGUAUGUACAGUUGAUAUGGAUAAUGUCUGCCAGCAAUUAGAGGAAAGAACUGGAGGAAAGGUCAUUUACAGGAAAGGAGGGGUUGUGUAUCUUUUUCGAGGUAGAAACUAUAAUUAUAGAACUCGACCCCGAUUUCCUCUUAUGUUGUGGAAACCUGUUACACCUGUGUACCCGAGGUUGAUUAAACGGGCUCCUGAGGGUUUGACACUGGAAGAAGCAAGUGAAAUGCGCAGGAAGGGGCGGAAAUUGAUACCAAUAUGCAAAUUAGCGAAAAAUGGUGUGUACUGUAAUCUUGUAAAAGAGGUUAGAGAGGCUUUUGAAGAAUGUGAAUUGGUUAGAAUUGAUUGUCAAGGGGUUAAUGGUAGUGACUACAGGAAAGUUGGUGCUAAACUCAAGGAACUUGUGCCAUGUUUGCUAAUCUCAUUUGAACAUGAGCACAUACUUAUGUGGAGGGGAAGGGAUUGGAAAUCAUCUAUGAUAAAACCGGUAAAUGAUAGUGUGGAAGCCAUUGGAUCUGAUGUUAAUAGUGCAACUUCUAUUGCAUCGGUUUUGGAAGACCAAAUAAUGGAAAUAGUCUCACAUGAGGAUGGUCUCAGUAAGCCAGAUAUGAGCACAAUCCCAGUGGGUAGUAUGGAUGAGCAAGCAGAGCAUCCAUCCAUAUUAGAUGGGACAUCUGUAGCUAUCGGUGCUAGCUCAACCACAGUAGAGAUGUCUGAAAUUAAUCCAAUGACAGAAAGUGGAAGCAGUUCAGCUGUCAGCGAGUCUGAAGUUAUCAAUAAUGCCGUUGGUAGUGAAUCAGUAGUUAAUAACAUGGACUCUGCUAAUGAAAUGCCAGUAGCUAUGUCAGUGUCAUCUGAAACUGUGUUAGAAAGUGUUGGGAGCAAAAAGGAGCUCCAUGAUGUGUCAAUAGAAUGCUCAGAUGAUGUUAAUAAACCAGCAAACUUGAGUGUGUCUUAUGCAGAUAGAGUUUUGCUAUUGUGGAAACAAGCUGUUGAGAGUGGGAGUGCACUUAUCUUGGUUGAUGCCGAUUUGGAUGCUGAUAUUGUUUAUCAAAGAGCAGUUGCCUUUGCCAAGUCUGCUCCACCUGGUCCUGUGUUUAGACAUCGAUCCAAGAAGGCAUCCAUUAGAAAGUCUGAGAAGCAAGAAAGCAAGGAUUCUGAACCUAAAGAAUUUUUAAACCUUGAGUAUUUAGAAACGAAUGUUUCCCAGACAAUGGGAAGUGAGAACAAAAGUUCUAAGCCUCAAAGAAAGAAAAAAUCCAGGGAACAACAAAAUCUCAAUUCAGCAAGACUGGGAAGACUAGGAGUAGAUGAACUUGCUAAACUACUAGCAUACCGCUAACUCUUUUCUACUUUUCUUUUUAUCCUGUACCAUUGUCUUACAUAAAGCUGCUGCUAGUAUAAUCAUUUUGUUUUUGGAAUUUCCAAUUUUCCGUUCAGUUUUGUUAGUCUCCGUUUGAUUAGGAUGGUUUUACUAAUUAUGUAUUUGUGUUGAUGAUAACAAUGGCAACUUCUUGGUUGUAAAUGCUGAUAAUCGGGUGCAUGGUGUUUUGAUUGUUCA